AUACGAACGAGUCUAAAAAGCUGGCCCCACAGGAGCGUGUCAGAGUUACAAACCGUGCCAAGCUCUGUAUUUUUUGCAGCCUGCAGCUGCUACAUCUCUAUUUUAUCCUUUCCAAUUUCCAUACAUAUUUCCUUCCUUCCUGUUGGAAUCGUGGAUUCCUCCCUUCCUUCUCAAGCAAAGCUACAUAUAUAAUACAGCAGCUUCCUCCACCUACCUCCCUUCCCGUUCGUACGCCUCGUCGGCGUUCGCUUCUCCGUUCACCGGUCGUUUUCAAUUCGUUUCAUGCUUCAUCCUAAAUCGGAAAUCCAUUUCCUAACUAACCAACCCCCAUUGUGCUUCGUUCUGUCCCUUUUCUUUUCUUUUAUUUUCUUUCUUCCAUUAAACGCUUCCAUUUGGUGCUUGCUUACGUACCCAUUUCUCCGUCUUCUCUUAUCUCUGACCAUGGGCAAUUGCUUUAAUAAGUCGAGGAAAUCGACCGCCGAGAUCGUCCCCCAGGACGUACCUCGAGCCAGAGGUCCCGCCUCCCCUACCGUCAGAUUGUAUGGAUCGUCUAAUAGCUUGUUCACCGCCUACAUCCGCUUUGCUCUGCUCCACAAGGCCGUCUCGCUCCGCUUCGUGCCCUCCGAGACCCCGAAUUUCGGGUACGAGGGGCCCGUCAUCCAGGUCGGAUCCGAGACCGUUUCGGGCUCCAGGGAGACGCUGCUCCAUUACAUUGAAGCCCGGUUCCCCCACCCGCCGUUGGUAAUUCCUAGUGGCGACGAGGAGGCGACGCCGCCGAUAGUGAGGGUUGUGGGGCUGCAUCAUAGGAGCAUUACAUGGCACGUGGAUAGGCUGGUGAGGUGGGCAGCAGAUCUAGAGGCACGUAGAGGGAAGGGGAGCGUCGAUCCGGGCAUGGGUAGCCCACGCAUGGAGGUGAGGAAGUUCGCAAAGAACUACUCGGAGCUGCUGGAGGUGAUGCUGGAGCAUGCUCAGAUGGAGGAGAAGGUCCUUUUCCCCAUCUUGGAUAUGGCUGACCGAGGAUUAUGUAAAGCUGCUCACGGGGAACAUGCAAGGGACUUACCCAUUAUGAAUGGUAUUAAAGAAGAUAUCAAAUCUAUUGGAGUGAUGGAUUCUGGAAGCCCUGCCUACCAAGAGGCUCUCUUCAACCUUUCUACUCGCCUCAGAUCAUUGCUGGAGCAUUGUAAACAACACUUUUUAGAGGAGGACAUGCAUUUACUACCCUUGAUGGAGGCAGUGGAGCUGAGCAAAGAGCAGCAGAGGAGAAUACUGAAGCAGGGUUUGGAUGUGAUGCAAGCAACUCACUCACAUUUAUUUAACUUUCUUCUGGAAGGCCUCCGCCCUCACGAAGCUAUGCAGUACUUGGACUUAAUCGCCAGCUGCAAAGAAAACAGUCUCCAUGCAUUGCUAAGGUUGACAGUGGAUUAAGGUUUAAGUUUUGGCUCCAAUGAUUCAUAUACAGGGAUGAGCUACAGGAUAUGCCAUGUUAAUAGAAAGAAGAAAUAAUGGGUGUUUCUCCUCUUUUCUUUUAUAGUUAGAACAAUGGUAAAGUUUUGUGAUGUUGCCUUUGCUUUCAUAGCCUAUGGGCGUGCCAUGGUGAGCCUAGUAUUGUAGCCAAGUAAAACAGAACAGUGGGAAAGAUUAGAAGGAUUUAGGGUGGUUGGAAUGCUGAUCUUGACGGGGAGGGAUGUCAACCUUGCAUUCAUAUUACAUUACCUGUUCAGUGUGCCCUCAAAUGUAUCGUGAACAUUAAUUUGUACAGAAGUGUAUUUGAAUUAGAGAGACUAGAGAACAUUUUGAAAUUGAUGUGGAUAAAAGAAAGAGAUGAUUGUUGU